AUGGCGCUCCCAUGGUGGCUCGCCACCACGGCGUGCGCCUCGCCGCCACCCGGCCCCGGCUCCUUCACUGACGCGCUCGUGUUCCUCUUCCUCUCCCCGUGCCCGCAGCGCUUGCUCCUCGCCGCCGUCGACCUCGUGUUCCUCGUCGCCUGCCUCGUCCACCUCGCCCGACGCUGCCUUCGCAGGGGACAGGGACACCCGGGGCCCGCGGCUGCCCCCCUCUCCCGAACGCGUGCCGCUGCUGCAGAAGCCGAGCCAUCCUCCUUCGCCGCCGCUCUCCCGCUGCCACCGGUCACUGGCUUCACCGGCCAUGGCAGCGGUGCACAAGAAGGUGAAGCAGAGCACACCGGCACGGAGGAUCCUCCCUCCUCGCCGUACGCCGCGGCUUCGUUCCUGUCGCGCGCGACCUUCAGCUGGAUCAACUCCCUCAUCAACAAGGGCUACGCAGCUGAUUCCCUCAAAACCGAAGACGUGCCCCCGGUCUCUGCCGGCCACCGCGCCGAGGCGGCGUACACCCUGUUCAUGUCCAAUUGGCCGGCGUCGCCGGGGUCUCGGCACCCGGUUGGCGUGUCACUCUGGCUAUCUUUCUGGCCCCAGCUCGUGCUGACUGCGUUUCAUGGCCUCGCGCGCCUGGGGGCCAUGUACGUCGGCCCGUCGCUCAUCGACAGGUUCGUCGAGUUCAUCCGCCGCGGUGGGACACCGUGGGAGGGCCUCCGGCUCGUUCUCAUCCUGCUCUCCGGCAAGGCCGUCCAGACGCUGGCAUCCCACCAUUACAGCUUCCAGGGACAGCUUCUGGGCAUGCGCAUCCGCGGCGCGCUGCAGACGGCAUUGUACCGCAAGUCGCUGCGCCUCACCGCCAGUGCCCGCCGAGCGCACGGCGCGGGCGCCAUCGUCAACUACAUGCAGGUCGACGCUGGGAUCGUGUCCUUCGCCAUGCACGGACUCCACGGGCUGUGGCUGAUGCCGCUGCAGAUAGUGGUGGCGUUGCUCCUCCUGUACUCCUACCUCGGCCCCGCCGUGCUCAUGACGCUCGCCGUGAUCACCGCAGUGACCCUGGUCACCGCCUUCGCGAACAAGCUCAACCUGGCGUAUCAGGCGUGGGAGGACACCUUCGGCGGCAAGGUUCGCGACAUCCGGCGGGAAGAGCUCGGGUGGCUGGCCAAGAUCAUGCUCUUCAUGUGCGCCAACACGGUGGUGUUCUCGAGCGGUCCGCUCGCCAUGACGGUGCUCGUGUUCGGGAUCUACAUCGCCUCCGGCGGGCAGCUCGACGCCGGCAAGGUGUUCACGGCCACGGCGUUCUUCGGCAUGCUGGAAGGCCCCAUGCAGAACUUCCUGCAGACGAUUGUCAUGUCCAUGCAGGCGUUUGUGUCGCUGGAUAGGCUGAACAAAUUCCUGACGGACGCCGAGAUCGACACUGCGGCCGUGGACCACAUCGAGAGUGGCGGCUCUGGGGACACGGUGGCCGUCAAGAAUGGCCAAGGAAAUGGGGCGGAGUUGGUGACAGUGCUGAGGGGCAUUGACGUGGAGGUGAGGAGUGAGAUUACGGCGAUGGUCGGGACAGUGGGCUCCGGGGCAAGUCAUCGCUGCUUUCCUGCAUCAUGGGGGAGAUGCACAAGCUCUCCGGCACGGUUAGCAUAUGUGGAAGCACAGCAUAUGUUUCUCAGACCUCUUGGAUCCGAAAUGGAACCAUUCAAGAGAACAUUUUAUUUGGAAAGCCAAUGCAUCCGGAGAGAGAUUCAGAAAUCAUAA